AAGUGUGAUGGAAGAUUUUUGGUUUGUCUUAAAUUAAUCGAUGAAGAAAUUUAUCUUGAAAACUUGAUUGGUAAUUUGAAUGAAGCUCUGAUUAAAGCGAAACAUAUCUAUGUUGCGAGUUACUACAUAGAUGAUUUGAAAG